UGACUACAUCAACUUCUGUAUGGACAUUGUAGUUCCAGUAAGAACUGUACGCUGCUAUGCUAACAACAAGCCAUGGAUUACAAGUGACAUCAAGGGCCUUUUGAACCAGAAGAAAAGGGCUUUUAAAAGCGGUGAUCAGCAUGAGCUCAAGCGCAUGCAGAAGGAACUCCAAGUCCAGCUCAGGGUGGCGAAGGAGCAGUACAAGAGAAAGCUGGAGCAGAAGUUGCAGAAUAACAGCAAGAAGGAAACAAUGGCCGACAGUGAGAUGAAUCGUGUUGCCAUCGUCGUAGAAGAACUCCAGGCACUCGACAAACAGAUUCAGAAACUCCUGUCCAGACAAAGGUACCUUAGGGAUUUGAAGGCUCGGCUGCUGAAUAAACCAUCCUUGCCAUCUGAAAUCGACAUAACAUCAACCCCGCGUUGUGCCGCUCACUUCCAAGGACAAGUAAGCUUCACCCCCGCACCUCGUAGGAGUGAUGAUGACACAGAUGAAGACCUCGGCGUGUUUCAGCUAUGCCGGCGGGGGUUCAAGGCUAGAACACCUCCAUCGGCACAGGUGAACAUCUUGACCCAGAACCGGUUCGACUCUCUCCGCGUCCCCAGUUUGCCUUCAACCCCAGGUGAUGUAAUUGUGGUAGGUGAUUCGAUUGUAAGAAACCUCAAAGUCGCAUGCCCUAAUCGGAAAUCUUUUGUUUCUUGUUUUUCCGGUGCUCGUGUCCGAGAUAUAAUGAGAUGUGCGCCGACAAUCUACGAAAAGCACAAGAACAGGGCAGUGGAAUCCAUUGUAUUACACGCCGGCGUAAAUGACAUAAGGCACCGACAGUCGGAGAUUCUCAAGGCUGACUUCGCAGCACUAAUUAAAGACACAAAGGAGAGGACCCCAUCAGCAAGGAUCUUCAUUUCGGGUCCACUACCUCUCUUCAGAUGAUCAAAUGAAUACUACAGUCAUCUAUUGGGAUUAAACAACUGGCUGAAAGGCUUCUGCGAGAAUCAAGACAUCGGGUUCAUCGACAACUGGGACCUCUUCUGGGAAAGGCCGCAUUUCUUCAAGCGGGAUGGCCUGCAUCCGAAUAGAUUCGGCGCCCGGGUCCUCUCCGAAAACAUCGCUAAGGUAAUUUGUCUAUCUUGACUAUCUAUUUCUACUCUUAAUCCCUUCCAUAAUGCUAUUGCUUUGCUAGGACAUGAUAAUUGCUUAACAAAAUCUUCCGUAAAAGUGCACAACAUUAAUACUCUAAUAACCAAUCUCAAUGCACGUAGAAAAUCUAGACAGUGCGGCAUAAACACCAAUAAUUUAAUUACAAUUACUACUUUAGAUGAACAAUGUAUUAAAACUAUAAAAACAGAAUAUAGAUUAAAUAAAAAAUACACACAGAGCGGCACUAACAAAAAUAACUUAGUUUCUGUUCCAAAUACCAAUAACGCACAUAGAAUUCAGCUCUGCCCCAUCCGAAACAUUAAAUAUGGUACUAUUAAAUAUUAGAGCUUUAACUAACAAGAUGUUUUUUAUCAAUGAUCUUAUUAGUGAUAGAAAAAUGGAUUUUAUUGCACU